AGUUUUACUUUAGAGUUCCACCAGAUCAGAUCAAGUCAAUCCUUCUCAUGUCACUGACCGAGUGCGUUCAACUCUGAACAUGGCUUCCCCACAUUGGAUCCUGGCCCUCGCUUGCCUGGGAAUCGCUCGGGCCCAAUACUUGUACUCUCAGGGACCUAUUUUAACAGCAUUUACCACUGAUGACCAAGGCCACGAUGACUACGUGAGACAAGUUCAUUCUCGGCAGUAUUGGUCCCCAUUUGGAAACUCGUAUCAGCCUCAAGUGACACGACCCAAUCAAUAUUUCUCAAGACCCACUUAUCCCAAUUACGAUGGAACUCGCUCGUCAACGGGCAGUCGCUAUUCCUCGACAUCGAACCAGAACAGAUAUUAUUCUCCAUCAUCUUCUUCCUCUCCCUCAUCGCCGUCCAAUGGAUACCAACCUUAUUUCCGUGAAAGCCGGCCUCAAAGCUUCAAACCAAGGGUGCCUGAAUUCAAGUCAGCACCUUUGGUGGUAGAGCAAAUACCCAAAGUGAUCACAAGAAAACCGAUUUCAUCUACCACCAUUAGCUCUACAACAAGCACCACUACUACUACUACUCCUACCACCACCAUCACUACUACCACCUCUACUACUACCACCACUACUUCUACUACUACUUCUAUAACUACUGUAAGUACAACGACAACCAUUAAGCCCACAACAAAAACAACUACAGUAGCAACAAGUACCGAGGGUAUAACCAAACCAUUGUCACUCACCACAACUUCCGCUAUUACCAUGUCCUCGGAGAGCGACUUUCGGACUGACCCUUUCUACAGAGAGGAAUACCUCAUGUUCAUGGAGUGGCUUAAGAACAAGAACAACCAUGCUAGUGAGCUGAAAGAAUCCACAGAUGAGGCUUCAAUUAGGCAGGGGGUUAAAGAAACAAUCACGCCAUCAACAACCACCCCAACAACAACCACGACCCCCACAACCACUACUACUAGUACUACUACGACAACAACAACGACGACGACGACAACCACAACAAUUAUUGUUACAACAACAACAACUACUACUACUACUACUACAACAACUACUACUACUCCCACUACCAAUGCCAUAACAACGUCAUCAACAACUAUAACAAUACAAACAACCACAAAAGCUAACUUACCGAUCAUUUCCGAAGCAAGCACUGAAUACACUGUCAAUAUUUUCGAUAUUGAUGAGGAAUCAUCUUCCGCAACGGAAAUUUUUUCUAUGUCUACGAUAUCUACUGAAGAUUCGACAACACCCGUUCCAGAUUUACCCGUGUUUGCGGAGGAACCGGAAUAUGAAGCAACAAAGAGUUCGAGUAGGGAACAUUUGGGCCAAACAACUGAAAGAUCUGUGAAAACUACCACAUUGACUCCAGAUUUGGUUGAAGGUACAACAAUGGAUGAAACCACCAUAGACACAUCUUCUGAUUUAGCAACUCUCGCUGGAGAUACUGGAACAUCUAAGAAGUCGGAUAAUGAGGAGAACGGUUCAUUCAAAGAAGAAGAAGAAUUGUCGGUUAGCCAAGGGCUUUUGGAUUAUUCCACCAUUGCCGAAUCAACCACCGAGGCCACCGAGGCCCCAGAGACCUCAACUAUGCCCCCGAUAAAUACACACAAAGAGGUAAUGGAGGAGCAUUUGGAAAUCGAAGACGAAUUGGAAGAAAGAGAUGAAGAGCUGGUAGAGCCAGAAAUCGACGAGACUACCAUCGCUGCUCCUCGAGGGGUCAAGAAAAUAAACGAUUUCCCUAAGUAUCGGACAGAAACGAUUAACAGGCCGUUUCCAUUCAAGAAAAAUCGUCUCCAUUAUAUGUCUCUGUCCACACCCACUGGAAUACCCUCUAUUUUCGGACCAGCAUCCCACUCAUCGACCCGACACCCUCCAGUUGUAUUCCUUUUCAAUGGGCGACAUCGGAACAAUAGAUAUAAAUCGAGACAAAAGAUUGAGUCCACUUCAACCUUAAAGCCCACUUCGUCUACAACAACCCCCAAAACAACCACGACCAUUUCAACAACAACAACAGUUGAAACCACGACCAGAAGGCGAAACCAAUUUCGCCAAGGUUGGAAACCAUCCCGAUGGAGACCGGCAUUCAGAUAUCCAACCUCCCGAAUCACUACCAAGAUUCCGCUCCAAUUGAACACACAAAGAUCUUCGAUAAAAAGCAACUUCAAGCCCGUCAUGAGUCUCCUGAAUUCCGCCACGAAUCGGGGAAAAAUCCCAAAUUUUCAAGAGAUCGACGAUUCCGAAGAGCGACUCGCUGAGGAAAGGCGGAAACGAAUUCUCCAACCCAAACGACCCGUUUUCAUCCAACAACUCAUGAGAGGAGCCUCCAAAACGACGACGGAACAUCCGAAGCCAAAGAUUGCCCUGAUUGAUUUGGCCAAGACCACCACUCCAGAGCCUGAAGAUACAACAAUUGCGAUGAAUGUGAAUGAUCCCACAACCGAAAGCACUACUACCGACCCUUCGACGGUUGGAAUUGAAGAUACCACGACUGAAAUGACAGAGGAGACCACCACUCCAAGUUUAGACGCUUUUGAAGAUGUGUCUUCGGUAAUGUCAACUACUACAGAAGAGGCAGACUUGGACACUGCUACGACUAUUGCUCCAGUUUCAACGACCCUAAUGCCAAAUCCCGAGGGAUUCGUCCCUUUCCUGGGUGAGGCCAUACCAAUUGCUUCCGACGAUAUCGUGAUGUCUGAGGAUGGCUUGGUUAUCCAUAUUGAAGAAUUUGAAGAAGACGUUGAACCACCCACCGAAUCAAAGAAUGUCACUUCCAAAACGGUAUUAGUUGGCGAGCCAAAAGGCCCCAAGAUCAAGACCUUCAAGCCCUAUCCGUACAUCCAUCCACCGCCAUUCCAACAUAAGCCGAGGAAGGCUAACACUGCAAUUAUUAAUGAGUCAUUACUCGAUGAAUUGGAUGUUACUACACCAAUGACAACGCCAAUGCCUACUACAACGUUGCCGCCUUCAACAACUCGUGGAGCUAAAACAGCAAGGACAACUAGAAAAGGAAAUGUUCGUAAAGUGGGGAAAAAGGCCACCACAACGACAACCCCGAUUCUGGUAGGCAUCCCUGCAAAAGUGACCGAGAUUGGUCCUCCGAAAAAGCAGUCCAAUGACUUCAACAGUCUCAACUUCUUCGACCGUUAUUACAAAUCCGGAUGGGCCGACAAAGAUGUCAAGGACAUGACACGAACCCGGACAUCCAUUGCUAUGCCCCAUCAGGUAGCUUCAGUAGCCUCGGUUCAACCCUUUUCGGCUUCCACGGGAUCGCGAAAACCACCGCCCGAGGACAACAUUCCGGAUUUCUUGAGAUUCGCCAUCCCUAUGCAAAGCCAACCCAUUGAUAGGAAAAUGGAUGUGGUUUUUGAUGGUUAUGCAAGAUAUGUUAGGCAUUAAUAAUAUUUAUUUUUGGUAUUGCUUCCAAAAUGCAUAUAACGUGUUGAUUUAGCUGAGAGUGGAAAAGAGAAUUGAAGAUUGUGCGGAAAGAUGGGGAAUGGUGUGCCUACAUGCUCAAAAAUUUCAUUUUCUAGCAAAGGGACGAAACUAAAAACCCUUAAAAAGAGUUCCUUUAUAACGAAAGAUUGGAUUAUUGUGUGACUUUCAUUAAUGUCCAUUGAGUGGGGAUUCAAGAGGAAAUAUAUCAAACAAUUGAAAAUGAUCUCUAGAUUUU